AUGCCAGAUCGUCACAGACUCAAGCUUUUUUCUCAUUUCAAGCAUCAGCUGCCCCAGGAGGAGCCCUUGAACAGGCAACCGUCCAAUUCGUCACAGGGUCGCCGCUUUCUUGGUUUCCACAUUGGCAAGCACGAUUCGCAGGACUCGUUGGCCACGCCGACAAUGACGAAUUCCUCAGAAAAGGAGCAUCUGCACCCACAGGGUCCUCAGCAGAGAGACCCUCUCCACAGCACCAGAGACCAGUCCAAGUCGCCGUCAAUCAUAGUCCAGCACGCCUCACAGAACCCGACCCAGGCGGCUCGCCACCACAGCAUGGAGGACACGCUGUCGCCCAAGGGCCACGGCAUGGCUGACUUGAAGCGUUUGUUCAAGAACAAAAAGUCCAACCAAAGCAUCAACAGUCCCAGCAGCAAUUCGCCGAUCCAGCAGGCCACGGUGGCGCAAGCGGCGAAUGGCAAUUCCGAGGCCAACGGGAGCAACCUCAGCCCGUCGGUGCAAGGACUGACCCAGCAUAGCAGGGCGCCUCUGCUGACUUCCUUGGCAGCUCUCAUCAAUCAGACGUCUUCGCAGCUUCUCAACUCGUCACAGGCUACAAAACGUACAGAUGGCCCUGUUCACGAACCAUUCACACAAGACGGUUCUGCGUUGGUGAAGAAGUACGGUAAAGUCGAGAAGGAGCUUGGUUCUGGUGCUGGUGGGUCCGUCCGCUUGAUCAUGAGGCCGCUGGACCACAAGACCUUUGCCGUGAAGGAGUUCAGGCCCCGCAGAAACACAGAGUCCUUCAAAGACUACACGCGAAAAUGCACGGCUGAGUAUUGCAUUGGCUCCACCUUGAAGCACCCCAACAUCAUCAAGACAAUCGACAUCAUUCACGAGAACAACAGGUAUUACGAGAUCAUGGAGUACGCGCCCAUCGACUUCUUUGCUGUUGUGAUGAGUGGCGAAAUGUCCCGUCAGGAGAUCAAUUGCUGCCUAAAGCAGAUCCUCGAAGGUGUCUCCUACUUGCAUUCGCUUGGCCUCGCCCAUCGCGACUUGAAACUAGACAAUUGCGUUUUGACCACUGACGGCAUUCUCAAGAUCAUUGACUUUGGGUCCGCGGUCAUUUUCAAGUACCCUUAUGACCAGCAUAGCUCCAACUCCACGGAAACUAUACAUUACUGUCAUGGUGUGGUGGGCUCGGACCCUUACCUUGCUCCAGAAGUUUUGACAAGCUCUAAUUCAUACAACCCACAACCUGUGGACCUCUGGUCGGUUGCCAUCAUAUACUGUUGUAUGACACUCAAGAGAUUCCCAUGGAAAAUCCCAAAUGCCGAGAAGGACAACUCUUUCAAGUUGUACGCCAUGGAGGACGACAAUUGGCACGAUUACUACUUGUCUAACGAGUGCCACAAACUUUUGUUACGUCAGAGACAGUUGAAGAAUACCAUAAUCAAGCUGAACAAGAAGAAGAAGCUCCUACAGAGACAGCGGGAUCAAGAAAAUUGCGAGCCCGAGGAGCGUGAUGAUGCUGAGACAGCCGAGGCUGUGGAGGAGAAGUUGCAGUCUUUGGAGGCCGUGCAGAUUCUUGACGAGGAGAGCACUCAGGAAGUGUUGGCCGAGUUGAAGAAGAUUGACGCGAAGCUUGAAGAAUACGAGAAGACCAAGACAGAACAAAAAGCAUUGUUCCAGGAGCGCCGCGAAGAACUGACUGCCGAUCCCGAGCCUGGUGCCGAAAAGGCAGACGAGUCGCCCAAGUCUGGGGAAAAGAGGACUAAAUCCCAUAAGCUGAUUCACGGGCCAUAUAGAUUGAUGAGAUUGCUCCCACAUGCUUCAAGGCCAAUAAUCCACAAGAUGCUACAGAUCGAUCCACACAAACGAGCCAGCAUUGAGGACAUUCUCUCUGACGAGUGGAUCAAGGAGAUUGAAUGCUGCACUUUGAAGACUGUCGAAGGCGGCAGUGGCGAUGAUGAAGAGGAGACAACCCUUAUUCGAGGGUCGCCCGAGCACGAACACACCAUUGUUAUGGAUGACGGUAAAGAGGAUACAGCUUGA